GCAGAAAGUAAAGCAGGCUGGCCGAGACUUAAACAAAAUUUGGAACUAUUUACAAUCGACUGGAACGAAUAUUCAUUCAUUCAGUCAUUCAACUUAAAAACGAUUAUUUUUGUUGCAUGCUAUACGGAUCGACAUGAAUACGCCGCGCAAGAGUCUACUGCCGGAGCAUGAGCCCAACACAGGAGCCCAGCAAAUCGCAGAUGCAGAUAAUCUAAAGAAGCAUAAUCCGGAGCAGAUGUGCAUCUCAAUCUUAGAGGCGGUAUUGAAGCAAACAUGUCAAUUGAAGCAGCGAUCGGCGGACCUUCUGGUGGAUGCGAAGGAGAUCUGCUUGAACCAGAUGAACAGCAUUAAGAAGCUGCGGGAGGAAAACACACGUCUGAAGCAGACCAAUAUCCAGCUGGAGGAAAGGCAACAGCAGGCCUGCGCACAGUUCGAGGAACAUCGGGUGCUGAGUCAACUACUCACGGACAAACAUAGCCGUGACGCAGAUCAGCUGGCCAGAAAACAGGCUGAAUUAGAGAGAAUGACUGAGCGAUACAACGCCCUGCAGUCGGAUUUUAAAGCCAUGCAACUGGAAAACGAUGUCAAGAUAAAUGAGCUGCAGGGGUGUCUCGCCUUGGCCGACCAUCCUGAGCCAGAGAAUAUUCCCCAGCAGCAGUUCAUUAAGGAGUUGGAGGCCAAGAUCGCAUUGGUUGAGCACACCUUUGCCUUCCUGAAGAAACAUGCCGAUCAGAUUCAAGCUGAGCAGGAUGCUCUAAUAGAGCACCGCCAGAAGAGCGAAAAUCACUUGAGUCAGAGGCAUGACAAUGAAAAUCUCAAACAGGAAUGUGAUCAGCUGAUGGUGGAUAACUGGAAUUUGGAAGCGAAGGGGGACGCAGCAAUGCAACUUCAACGUGAAGCAAAAACGGAGGCGUCUCGACUCUCACGUCAUUGCGAAGAUCUCAUCAAUGAGCUAAGCAAGCUACGCGACGUUCCCCGAGAACUCGAGGAGCAGCGCGAACAAUACGCCAAUCUCGAGCGAAGCAUGCAAAUCGUCAAAACCAUUGCAGAGCAGCUGGCCAAAAAGCUGAAGACAGAGAAGGACAGUCAUCAGAUAGAGCUGCAGGACUUGGAGGAAAAAAUUCGACGAGAGGAGGGCGAAAAGGCUCCGGCGGCGAAUUGUAGCAAAUGUGGUGAAAAACUGAAUGAUAUUAGAAACGCUGAGAUUCAAAUCAUGAAGCUCCAGCGUGUCAGUGGUAGUACCGAGCUGCCAUCGACUUCGACUGGGAUCACCCAAGAGCACACCGAGCAGAUAGAGCAGCGCUGUGGCGAUCAGAUGGUGAAUUCUUCCUCGCAUAUGGGAAAGGCAGAGGACGAGUAUCAAUGCCUGCUUCGCAGCUAUUUUGGGGUUCGCGACGAGCUGGAGCAGCGUCUGAACGAGGUCGAUUGCCUAAAGAAAACUAUUAUGGAGGAGCGUGCGAAAACCGCGAAUAUUUUGAACGCCCAGAAAUCCGAACUAAUCAAAAAUCUGGGGAACUGCUGCGAAAACGAGCGACUCGUAAUGGAGCUCAAGCACGGCAUUGAAAAAAAAUUUCCCAAGUUGCACUGAAUGACCACCAGAAAGUAAUGCAGGCCUUCGAGCAAGGCUACCAAGCAGUACAGUGGUGCACACUGGUGGGUGCCAAUACGAGGGCAUACGAUGAUUUUAUCUAACAUUAGUUUUAAUUUCUUAUCCUUUAAAAAAAACUACAAAAUAAGUGUACAAAUUGGUGGUCUUUCAUUAAAUUACCUCUCCUCAACUCA